GAAUUGAUUUCUAUUUUUUAAUAUGAACUUUAGAUUUGAGGACUUUCCUUUGAUGUAAUUGCGUAAAUAAUUGCAUGGGCGAAGAGCGAGUGCAGUAGAGAUCCGUCUGUACGUUAACUCACCAGCGGGAUCUGCGGGUCCUCAGCCUCCGGUGAGACAUGGCGGCGGCGGUGGUGGCGCGGGGCCUGUGGAGAGGCUGCGGAAGUAUUUUUGUGAGCUCUGCCUGGAAUCGGACUGGAUGGCCUCUUCUCCACUGUACCUCAGCGCUUCAGACUGGAUUAUCCACAUCCACAACACUCCCUUUUGUGCUGCAUCAAUAUAGGCACAGCAGUUUCUUUAACAAAUUGACAGCAGAUGAAUUAUGGCGGGGUGUACUGGCAGAGUCUGGUGCCGGAGCACGAAAGGGAAGGGGUAAACGAACUAAGCGGAGGAUAAAGAAAGAUUUGAACAGAGGACAGAUGGUUGGUGAAGGACGAGCUGGCUUCCUCUGGCCUGGAUUAAACGCUCCUGUUGUGAAAAGUGGAACCAUUCAAUCAAUCGGAAAGCGUGACCAAAAGCAACAAGAAGACUUGCAGGCACAAGUCCUUCAACAGCAGGAGGAAUGGGAGAAGAAAAGGAAGACAAAAGUUAAAAGAGAAAGAGGCUGGACUGGCAGCUCUUGGGGUGGCAUCAGCUUGGGUCCCCCUGACCCAGGCCCUAAUGGAGAAACAUAUGAAGAUUUUGACUCCAAAGUGAUAGAGGUUAAAAGUGUCUUCAACAUGACAGCAAAAGAAGGGAGGAAGAGAUCAAUCAGUGCUCUGGUCGUGGUUGGAAAUGGAAAUGGGGCUGCAGGUUUUGCAUUAGGGAAAGCGCCUGACAGAACAACAGCUCUCCGAAAGGCAAAGAAUAGAGCAAUCCACUAUUUGUACUUCAUUGAACGGUACAACGAUCACACCAUUUAUCAUGAUGUAGAAUCGAAAUUUAAACGAACAACUAUAAAAAUGAAGAAGCAGAACUACGGGUAUGGACUACAUUGUCAUCGAGCGAUUAUUACAAUAUGCAAAUUAAUUGGAAUCAGGGACAUGUAUGCCAAGGUUACUGGAUCAACAAAUCUACUGAAUAUUACUCGAGCCCUUUUCCAAGGAUUAUCAAAGCAGGAGACUCACAGUGACUUAGCUGAGAGGAAAGGGUUGCACGUAGUCGAGUUUCGAAGUGAAUGUGGGCCUUUACCCAUAAUUGUGGCCUCCCCACAUGGAGCAGUCCGGAAGGAUCCAGAACCCGAAGAUGAAAUCCUUGACACCAAGUUGGAUUGGGGUGAAGUGAAAGCAGCACAGGGCAUGAAACAGUCCGUCUGGGCAAAUGUCAAGCGUACAAUUUGGUGAUCAAAUGGUAUUUGACAAGGAGGUGGGGUUGAAGCAAUUUUGCUACUGAAUAUGCAAAGAAAACUGUAGGUGCUAGCUGGAACAAUGAAGCUUUCUGUAGUGUUUCCAGCAGCAUAACGUUGCAUCAUCUCCCCAGGCUGCAGUUUAUGCGACAAGAAGUUUAUUCAUUUAAUUUUCCAAUUUUGUUGUAAUUUGAUGAGUGAGGCGGCAGAGCUUGCAGAUCCACAAGUUGUCUUACUUAUCAUGCUGUCCGUCACCUUAAUGCAAAUAAAAUAUUCUUUAUUUAAA